UACAUCCAAUACCUGCAUACGUACCUCACGCUGCACGCAUCGCAUCUUGUUUCCACGAGUCUUCACUCACCUUGCAAGUGGUGGCAGCAAUAAACGAUGGGCCAAUUCGCUCAUGAUGUCGUUCCGGAAGAGGCCACGCAAAAAAUCGACCCUAACAUCGUUAAGACUCUGCCUCAACGCCCUCUGGUUGUGUCUAUCGAAACCCUGCAGAGCACCCCCUGGGCGCGGACUGCGCGUGUAUACGCUGAAGAAGAUGUCUCGUACUUUCUCAAAGUGACAAAGGGACAACAGAAGCGCGACAUGGUCCGCGGUGAGUUCGAGGCCAUGUCCAUCAUCCACGCCUCAGCCAGUUCACUGGCCCCGAAACCGAUUGCGUGGGGCGAAUAUUCAACCGUCCCAGAACUCUACUUCUUCCUCUGUGAGUUUAUAGACUUGGACAAGCGGCUACCUGACCCCCAUGCUUUGACAUCGUCCCUCAUCGCACUUCACGAGACAGCCACGUCUCCCCAGGGGAAGUUUGGGUUCGGACACGCUACGUACCACGGUGGUAUUCGCAUCGAUCAUGGAUGGCAUGACACCUGGGAAGGGCACUUCUCUUCCACCACGAGAGCGUUAUUGCAAAGAGAGCAGCGCGUUUGGCGCUGGACGCCUGAACAGAUGGAAAUGGAGAGUACUUUCUUCGAAGAGGUGGUUCCAAAGCUUCUUAAGCCCCUGGAGACCAGCAAAGAAGGUAUCCGACCAAGCUUCAUACACGGAGACAUGUGGCACGACAACACUGCAGUUGACCGCAAGACGGGCAAUGUUGUGAUAUUUGAUUCUGCAGGCUUCUAUGCCCAUCAUGAGUAUGAGAUGGCGGUCUGGCGUCAGUCCUGGAAUAACAUUGGGAGGGACUACAUUGACGCCUAUCUGGCGCAACGCCCACCCUCUGAGCCGCAGGAGGACUUGGAAGAUCGGGCUCUUUUGUAUGGGCUGAGGGUCAACAUCCUCGAUGCCAUACUCUACGAUGAAGAAGAAAAGUACCAUCUGAAUGUGAUAGACUCGAUGAUGAAACUGGUGUCCAAAUUUGUGCACAAUGAAUAGCACGAAACUGGUCAGCUGCUUGGACAUGUCUACCGGAACUUCUUGCCCGCCUCGUCAAAAGUCAUCCCCUCCGCCAAUGCCUUGGCCAUGUUCGUAUCA